AUGGAACCACUCGAAACUCCCUCUGUAGAGCAGCAAGACCAGAACCACGAAAACAGCUGCAAAGGCAUCUUAGAAGGCCUAGCAGCACCCCUCGAUGCCGUGAAUCAGCUGCUGCAGCUGUCUAGAUGCGCUGCUUUCUUGAUAGCCCCAUCAGCUGCAGGCAGAACAGCGGCUUUGAGACGUUUAUUUCAGGCCCUAAAAGGCCUCGACCUUGCGGCGCCUCCAGGGCAGUAUUCCUUUGGCGAGAAGCCUGAAGGCACUGGAGGUCCUCGCAAGGAGCUAAGCGUGAACGCCGAGCAAGCACGAAGGGCGUCUGCAAGAUGCGUUCCGCAAGACACGCAGCAGCAGCUGCAGCCGCUGUCGAAGGAGAAGGUUAAAGCGCUAGACGCUCCUGGAAAAAAAUGUGCCGAGGCGCUCGAGAAUGCCUGUGAAGAACUGGGUGAAAGCAGUCUCUGGGGACCUGAGGGUUGGAUGUUGCGUUGUCUACAAUGCUGGGAGUCUGUUGACUUGCUGCAUGGGGAGGCGCUUGUGUUGCUGCUCCGGCCUCAUGUCCUGGUUAUCCGUUUGUUCGAGAAAAGCAAAGAAGAAAGAGACAUCGCAGCGGCCGCAGCACGAGGGCUCACGCGAUCACAGCGUAGAGCGAUCAUGUAUACUUCCCUGAUGCGCGAGCAGCUGCUACAGCUUCAAGGCCUUUCUCUGCUCUGUUCCCAGACAGCCGACCUCCUUCAGAGCAUUGCGGAGGCAACCAACAAGCACCGGCCGCAAGGCCAGCACCACAUAGCCUUUGUACCGACGCUGAUCUCGAGGCACCUUUCAAAGGAAUGCUCUGAAGACGUAAAAGGGGGCGAACUCUGCCGAGGUCCAAGUGAAGCACUGUCCGACAAAAAGCCAUAUGCAGUUGCAAUCUUCUUUAUUACUCUGUCCUACCUUAGGUGGUGCGCGUUACUGUGGGAUCUCCUCCGCGCCACCUCACGACAUGGAGUAUCGAGCAAACCUUGUGAGCUCUUGGCACCAUCAAAGCCCUCUUCUAGCUUGAAACUCCGUCACAAAACCUGUUCUGAAGGACAUUCACCUUGUGAGAAUUAUGUCAGACGUAAAGAAGUAUCAAUUUGGUGCAGUGAACCUGCAUACUUUUCUGAGGCUCUGUACCGUCUAGCUGAGACGCUUUUCGAGUUUCAUGAUGCAGCUACAGCAGCAGCACACGAUAAAAAAGACACCUUGAGCACACAGCAACAGUGCUACGGCUACCGGCAUCAGCAAGAAAAGGAACACCAAACCCCCGCACUUUUUGAACAUCAGCAGCAAACUGAUUUCCACCCUGGGAGUCCGACAACGGUAGUAGGACUCCUGCUGUCAUUUCUGGAGUCUCAGAAUCAAACCCCACAAUAUUUAGAGGCAUUCAUGCAAGAGCGUUCCCCCCAAAAAGAGCUCUCAGAGCACUGCAGCUCUCAAUCAGCAGAUGCUCAAGUGCCUUUGAGCGACAUCCAAGCCACUAUCGCUGCGCGGAUGCUGCAGUAUCUACAUGCUGCGACUGUGAGGCCGCGUUGUCUGCCUGUCGGCUAG